CAUCAGAGAGCUUCGUACAGUCAACAAACAGCUGGGUUUCUCUGCUAGAUCAGUCCUUCUUCCAUGAAAUACUGUUCAGCACAACAGAGAACUCGUAACACCCUCCAUCUUCCAGAGUGUCUGUUACCAUGGAAAUGAACACUAACUCCUCAUCCAAAUUCGACCACAUUGCCUGCAAAGAUCAGAUCCAUUCAGGAUCUCCUACACUCUACCAGCUGACACCAAGAAAAGAGAACAUUGGAACUCUGACAAAAAUCACUCUUGGUGAAAGAAAUCCAGACAAGACAAACAAAACAAUCUUACUUGUGGGUGAAACAGGAACAGGAAAAUCUACUCUGGUCAAUGCUCUGGUCAACUACGCCAUGGGAGUGGAGUGGGAGGACGAUGUCUGGUUUCAGAUCGUAGAUGACAAGGAGGAAAGUCAAAUAGAGAGUCAAACAUCAGAUGUGAUCGUGUACGAGAUCUUUGGUUUUGAAGACAAAACUCUGCCCUACUCUCUGACCAUCAUCGAUACUCCCGGAUACGGAAACACAACUGGGAUCCAAGAAGAUGUCGUCGUCAGUCAACGAUUAUUUGACUUGUUCCGCUCAGAAGAAGGAGUUCAUGAGAUCGAUGUGGUGGGUCUGGUACUGAAAGCCAGUGAGAAUCGACGGAAUGACCGACUGUCAUACAUCUUUAACUCUGUAGUUUCUCUGUUUGGAAAAGACAUGGAGAAGAACAUAGUCGCCCUCUUCACAUACUCAGGUGGAAUGACACCUAAAGAUGCUCUGAAAGUACUUGAGGCUUCAAACAUUAAGCUUGCAAAAAAUGAGAAGAAUCAGCCCGUCCACUUCCUGUUUAAUAACUGCCAGAAGCAAAACAGGUCAGAGAACACAGAAAGCCUUAAACAUGCAGAUAAAGAAACAAUGAAAGGCAUGCGUCUGUUCUCAGACUUUGUGGAAAAAACUGCACCUCAAAAGCUUGAAAACACUGUAGAAGUUAUGAACAAGCGCAUCAGACUGGCAGCUUGCAUCAGCAACCUGCAAGAGAGGAUUGAGUUGAUUGGAUUAAAAAAGACAGAAAUCCAACAGACUCAGGAAGGUCUGAAGAAAUAUGAAGAAGAGAUGAAGAAGAAUAAAGAGUUCACAAUAGAAGUUGAUGAGUCCUACAAAGAUGUAGAACGUAUAGAAAGUAUGAUAUGGUGGGGGGUAUUUUUUCAAGGAGCAGUCUGCUGCAAAAUCUGUGAAGAGAACUGUCACUUUCCUGGAUGCACAAUGGCCCAUUAUCCAGCACACUGUGAGGUCAUGAAACAUGGCCGCUGCACUGUGUGUACCAGGAAGUGUCCUGCAUCAGAUCAUGUUAAAGAAGGCUGGAUGUUUGUAAACAAAACAAGAAAAGUUAAAUUGACCAAAGAAGAUAUGAAAAAGAAGUAUGAAAACAAUAAAGCAGAGAGUAAGAAGAAGGUGAGCCUAUUGGAAAUGCUUCAAAAAGAGAUGGAGAAUCUUGAAGCAAACAAAACAAAGCUGCUGAAUGAGGCAUACCAGCAUGCUGUGAACCUGGAGCAGAUCGCACUAAAAGUGAUUUCACCCUCCACUUAUGUCCACCUGGACUUCCUGAUUGAGGAAUGGGAGAAGAAGGGGGACAGAGUGAAGGUCGAGAAACUAAGACAAAUGUCAAGUAAAAAAGACAAAUGGUUUCAGGCAGCACUGCAGUACUAUUGUAGUACAAUACCUCAAAUGUUCAGAAGGAAGAAAACUGACAAGACGGGCACUGAGGUCUAAUAGACUAUUGACAUUAACCCAUUGAGGCCUAAAACGCCUUUAAAACCUCUGGGCGAUUUUAACAUAACCCCCUAAAACCUGAAGUUUUUCUGGAAAUUCAACAGAAGUGUCAACGCUUCUACUAAAUAAUAGAUUUUUCAGCCUCUGUAGCAGAUAGAAAUGAAAUUCAAAAAGUACUUGAGAGCUUAUACAAAUACUACAAAACGACAUAUCCACUUUCCAGGCUUCAAUGGAUUAAUGCAUGUCACGUAGUCCUGGACUACACCACAGACUGUAUAUAAAGCUGGAUGGAAUGACGGCUCCCAACUAGUGAGGCCAAAACACAUGGACUACCCCUGGUGGAGGGCUGAAAUCAUAGACUGUAUAAAUAAUGGACGUAGUCACUGUGAUGUCACCCGUUGGUUUGUGGCCUUUUUGAGGCAUCGAGUUCAGCGUUUCACUCGUCGCCAUCUUGUUUCUGGAAACAGCGAGCAGACCAUAUUUGGACUGUGGAGGAGCGAGAGGGAUCUGAUGACACUGACUACACGCCUCUCUACCCCUGUUAAUAAUUAUGAGCUUGCACUUAGUAGAAUAAGAAUUAUUGCUUAAAACAUUAACCGUAUAACCCCUGGAUUCCACUGGAUGCAUAACGGCUGCAGAUCCGUCGUCGGGGCCGUUACGCAUCCAUUAUAAUCAAUGUGUGAGAUUCCACCGACUGCAGAUCCGCUGCGUAAUGAGUCCGACGACGCAGGGCCAUCCGACAGCCCUCGCAACACUUGCGCAGAGCUUCUAUUUUUGUCGGACGACGGAGCACGACGCAUAAAUUCAGCACAGAACAGAUCGUUCGGGACAGGAAGUCGUGCACAGACACAAAAUAAAACAUCCGGUAUAUUUUCAAAAUAAAAUACCUCGGGUUCACGGCGGAUCGUAUUUCAUAACUUGAAGACCUGAAAUCAACUGGUUAGAGGUUUUCACUCGUCUUUUCACCCCACUGACACCGCUCACUCCGGUGCUUGUUGUAAACAAACAGAGAUCACUAAGGCUUGUUAACAAGAGGCUCUUGUUAACAAGCCGGCCGACCUCGUUAGCGUUCGUUAAGACGGAGUCGCUGGAUUUGUCUCCAGUCAUUAACGAGGAGAUGUUUAUUAUCUUCCAGUUAUAUCAAUUGAUUAGGCGUGAAUUCGCGAGAUCUCGUGCGUCCUCGGGACUAGGC